UCAUGGGGCCCCCGGGCAAUAGGGGAUCAUGGGGCCCCUGUGUCCCUGCCCAAACUCAAAAAAGCCUAUGAAAAAGGUACCAGGGGCAUCUCAUGGGGCCCCCUACUGACCCCGGGCCCUCGGGCAGUGCCCGAGUUUCCAAAUGGUCAGUCCACCCCUGGGCCUACAACCCAAAUACAGAAACAGUCCUGCAGGAGACUGGAAUUGGAGGGUCCAGUCAUGAAUGCAAUUUUUGCAAAUUGAUCCUGUCCUGAUGAACUUGGCAA